AUGGCCAACGUCAACGAGGUCAUCGAUCGUCAGAUCGACCCCAUGGGCCACAUCAACCCAUCGGUGGCUCCCUUGACGGAGAAGAAGAAUGUCUUCAACACCAGCACCGCCCCAAACGACAGUGGCGACCGCUCUUCGGGMUCCGAGAAGGAGUUCGAGAAUGAGAAGUCCGUGUACGUUGGCGAGCUAGAGGAGAGCGAGAUGCGCGACGAAGAGACCAUUGCCGAUCCAUACGUGCCCUUUGAUGACAUUCCAGAAGAGCGCAAGGUGAUUGUGACCAUCCGUGCUAUGCUCGUGGGUUGCAUUUGCGGUGCCCUUGUCAACGCUUCAAACGUCUACUUGGGACUGAAGACCGGAUGGACCUUUGGUGCCAACCUCUUCGGUGCCAUUAUCGGUUUCGCUGUCCUCAAGCCUUUGGGUCGCAAGCUUCCAGAGAGAUUCCCCAUCUUUGGUGGUGAGUUUGGACCUCGCGAGAACAACAUCGUCCAGACUGCGGCCACCGCCGCGGGAGGUCUCAGCAGUGUCUUUGUUUCUGGUAUUCCGGCCCUUUACCAGCUCGGUCUGCUCUCGACCCCCGAGAAGGAUUUCUCGCGUCUGAUCACUUUGACCAUCGUUGGUGGCUACUUCGGUUUCGCCGCCUCCACGCCUCUCCGCAAGUUCUUCAUCAUCUACCUUGCGAGAGAGUUGAAGCUUAUCUUCCCUACCCCAUCUGCCACUGCCAUGACCAUCCGCUCCAUGCACGUGGCAGCUACUGGUGAGAAGCUCGCACAGAUGAAGAUGUGGGCUCUUGGAUGGGCUUUCUCCAUUGCCAUCGUCCUCCGUGUCGUUUCGCAGUAUGCCACGGGAAUUCUUUGGGAUUGGCACAUCUUCACUUGGUUCUACAUCUGGUCAGGCUACAGCGGUGGCGCUUUGCAGGCUGAGAGCUGGGGCUGGAUGAUCGAGUGGACGCCUGCUUUCAUUGGUGCCGGUAUGCUUGUCGGUCUCAACACUGCCAUCUCCUUUUACGCUGGAUCCAUCAUUGCUUGGGGUAUUAUCGGACCAACGCUCGUGCACUACCACGCUGCUUUUGGUACCCAGCCGUACAACCCGAACUCGGCCCAGGCUCUUGCAGGCCUCACCGAGGUCCCACCUGGAAUGGAGAAGUGGGCACCUCUCACCAACUUUGCGUCUCUCGGAGCUGCUGCAUCGAACAAGGACAUGCCCAGUCCACGUUACUGGAUGCUGUGGCCUGGUGUUCUGAUGAUGAUUGUGGUUUCUUUCGUCGAGCUCGGCCUCCAGUACAAGAUCUUCGCACACGUUGGCAAGGCCAUCUACCGUGGAAGCUGCGCCGGUAUUGCAAAGGGUCUCAAGGCCAUGGGCAAGCCCCAACCUGCCAUGGAGGCAAAGUCGCAGCAGCAGUCUGAGGAUCUCGUCGAGGACUUUGCGUCCGACGACCAGCUCGUCAAGUGGUGGAUGUGGUUCCCUCUCCUCAUCUUCAUCAUCAUCAUGGCUUGCGUGGUCAUGGCUCUCCAGUUCGACAUGCCUGUCGGCGAGUCACUCCUCUCCAUUUUCCUGGCUUUCUUCUUCUCCAUCCUGGCAGUGCAGUGCGCUGGUGUCACCGACAUCACUCCUCUCACUGCCGCCUCCAAGGCUUCCCAGAUCAUUCUCGGCGGAGCUACCAAGGGCGAAGGCUGGUCUCCAGAGCGUGCCCAGAAGCUCAACUUGCUCGGUGGUUCUCUCGCGUCCAUUGGAGCCAACCAGGCCAGUGACUUGGUCGGUGACUUCCGUGUCGGUUUCCUCCUGAAGACCUCUCCCAAGCAGCAGUGGUUGGCACAAGGUCUUGGAACGAUUGUGGCUGUUUUCUUGGCACCUGCUCUAUUCAUCCUCUUCGCCAAGGCAUACCCAUGUAUCUUGGAGUCGGAUCCUGAUACCUGCCCCUUCUCUGCUCCCUCGGUCUCCGCAUGGCGUGCGGUUGCCGUCGCCAUGACCGACCCAACUUUCCCAGUCCCUACCAGCAGUGGUAUCUUUGCCAUUGUAUUCUCCGCUUUCGGUGCUUUCAUGGUCAUGGUCCGUCACUACGCAUACAAGGGUACCUGGGAGAAGUACCGCGUCUACCACCCCAACAUGAUGUGCAUUGGUCUCGCCUUUGUCCUGCCACAGACAUACUACGGUCUCGCCAUGAUCAUCGGUGCCGUUCCAUGUUACUUCUGGGCCAAGCGCAACCCGAAAUCCUUUGAUGUCUACGGCUACGCCAUUGCGGCCGGUCUCAUUGCCGGAGAGGGUAUUGGAGGAGUCAUCAAUGCAGUCUUCCAGAUUGCUGGCAUCAGCGGACCCGAUCCGUACGGUACAUCGAUCGCGUGUCCCGCGAUGUCGUGUURGAGUUGUUGUUCGUAA